AUGGAUGCCAACGCUGUCAAUGUUGAAGGCUAUGGCCACAACAUUGGAUGGGAUGACUGCAGUGGGGACAUUCUACCAGAGAUGAGUCGUGUGUACAGGCAGCAUUUCCAGCCUUCUGAAGACAUGUUAGGUUUUGUCCUUCAACAAUCACAGUCACACCUCAGAGCACUGGCGGGACGCGAAAGCUUUGCCGGGUUCUUAAAUGUCUCACUCAUGAGUGACAUACUAGUGAAGAGAACAGAAGUCAUUUUUGAUGCACCGAGCCCUUGCGUACUCCAGUCUGAGAAUAGCGAAGCUAGUACCAAUAUCAGCUGGCUCGAUGUUGUCAAGGCGAAGAACUAUCAGGCCGAACAUACUGGCAAUGGGGUUUACCAUUUCCAUAUGCGAGAUCGGGGAGUGAUUGUUCAGUUGUCUACCUUCCAACACAAUAUGCUUCUUUCGGGAUUACCCCGGAAGCUUGUGGAGCCCUGGUCAUACGAGAAAGAUGUGCAGAUGGAAUUAUAUACCCUGGCCCUGGCAGCCGAAAUGACGUCGCAUAUGAACCAACUUGCAUCGGAAGGUAAGCCCACUCAAGCUAUCUUUAUUCUAUUCACUGGCUUACAUUACCUCGCAGUCAUCAAAGUAAAUAACACUGUCCUUGAAGGGAUACGAGGAAGAGAUCGAAUCCUCCGCCACCAUCCGGAGCCAAGUCAAAGAUCCGCAGGCUCGCCCUUUCCCCUGGAAUCAGCCGAAGGGCCAGCAAACUUUACGCCAGCGGUUGACACUGGCUCGCUCGACGGGAUGGCUAUCGAGACUGAAGGAACAGACGUGCAAUCCAGUGCUCCAAAGCGCGGUGCUGUAACACGGAACUUCCCCAAAAAUAGGGUUUGGCCUGCAGAAGUAUUGAAGCAGCUUCCUAUAUGGUUCGAAGACCAAGUACGGAAGAAUCUGUCGCAGGAAGAGAUUGCCCAAAAUUUCCACCGAACAUUCAAGCAAAAACGGACUUUCCAUGCUAUUGAGGCAAAGCUGUAUUCCUUAACAGGAAAAAGUCCAUUUAGGAAGCGCAAUAAGAAGACUUCGCGCAGAAGACCCGUGUCUUUGACACCUCGCUCCUCUCCACCGCUUCCUCAACCCUCUGAAUCAGUGGAUUUCACCCAACAAUUGAUCUCGAGGUCGAACAUCGAGGUUCACGCUUUACGUCUAGCCCCGAACCUGCUUCCUUACCUGAAUUCCGAAGACUGUGAGGAUGGAAACCUUUACGCCCUUCAUGGUGUUCAACCGUUUGACCCUGAAUCAGAAUCCAGCAACUCGUAUGCAGUACCUGAACACGAUAUUGCAAGUCAAACGUUAUGGUGCCUGCACGAAUCCCAGGGACAUGAACUUCAGUCAGGUACAAGUCAAAAUGAAGGGCCACUUCGAGAAGGCCGCCAGGCUGAAGAAUCGCCCAAGGCCCAUCCAGCGUUCUCAGAUCUGGUGCCCGAAAGUCGGCCAACGAAUGAGAGUUCAAUAAAUGUCCUCGCCGCAACAUCAGGGACGGUUGACUCUUACUUGCCUCGAAGCUCUCCCUUAAAAUUCCCUCGGAUAUCGGAACCUAUCCAAUCUCCAAUUCAGCAUCACUCUGAAGGCGAUACCACACUUGAAGAGCUAGGCCGAACGCUUAUCCAUCGUACUGAGUCCAGUGCAAUGCACGUGGAACAGAACACGGCGCAUGGCAACCAAACAUCAGAGAGACUUUCUCCGCAAUCUUCACCACUUGGAAACCCAUUGGCUAGAAAUUUAGCAAAUGAGGGUCCCAAUAAUGAUAGCCAUACAGAAAGUGGACUCGGUGCGUCGACUGUUCCAAGAGCAUCAACGCCCUUCCAAGUUCCUGAACCAAGCUCCACUGGUAACUCUACUUAUCAUCACUCUCAGAACUGCGGAAUGGAUGGGCCAACCACCGAUACCUCUGAAAGAGUUUUGAUUGAUGAGGAAUUGAUCAUAAGAUGUCUUCAUGAGAAAUCUCAAGCACAGGCGGCGCGUUCUCAUCGCCCAUGGAACGAUAAGGACCUCAACCGUUUACCAAGGUGGCUCAUGAAACGGAAGAACCUACCAAAGGAAAGACUUGAAGUUGAGUUUCUGGGAGAUUUUGGACACUAUCGAACUUCUUCUGCUAUCGUUACAGCUUGCCGCAAAAAAAGAAAGGCAGAUUCUCUCAAUAAGGAUGUAACCUCAGCCCCCACUGCAGGUCAGCUAGUUCCGGUUGUCCCUACCGUUUUCGAUAUUACGGGGGUAUCACGAUCCCCCAUCGCCAUCAUUGGAUCCGACACUCCCAGCUUGAAUCCAUCCCAUACCAUAGCAGUGCCGAGCAGCAAUGAGAAUACUACCCUCAAGCAUCCACGGUUGGAGCAAUUUCAAUCCCCACAACUCAAUCAGCCACAGGUUCUAGACAACGCAGAGAGACUUCCUCGCAACAGUCCUCCACCAGUGCAUGAGGAUGAAGAAGCAGUGGGUCAAAAUCCACCGGCUGCUGUUGCUUCCGAAUGCGCUUCCGAACAGAUGGUGUUUUCAACACCCGAGAAUGUCGAAGAUAUCCACACGUUGGGCAGUCGGCGCCAUCGAGUUGAAAUCACGCCAGAACCUCCGGCCAGGUUCACAACGAUUGAUGGCAGUAAUGUUCAUCCCACUGAACCAAAUAUAAGCAAAAUGACUCCGCUCGUUCAGAUGGAGACCAAUGAGCAAGACGCUCUACCUGUCGGACAAGGAAUCCAGCAAACACCCACGGGAAAGAUUGUCGAUCAGAGUAGUGAUGACCAAAAUGUGUCACAGAAAUACGGGCCUCAGGGAAAUGCGCCCAACUUUGCAGAACACGUCGCGGCCUCAACUACGAGAUGCCAAUAUCCCACCAACACACACCCGCCAGCCCAGCAACAUAUUAAUCCCGAAUUGCCCGUCUAA